UGAUAUUCUGUGCUUUGACUGCCCUCAUGUAGUGAAAAGUAAAUAAACAACAAAUGUUUGUUUUCAAUAAUUUGUUUUAGCUUUAUUAAUUUCAUUAUAAAUGUUUUAAAUAUCCUAGAAUGUACAAUGUCUUGCAGCUAUGCAGAUGGAUUAUCUCAUUAUGAAAACAAAGGAGUAUUGGGCACACCAGAAAAAUUUGAUACAGAGCAAAAAGUUGAAGAAAAAUGUGAAAUUUUAGUGGAGUGGUUGAAAAAUUCUAAACAUGUAGUAGUGCAUACAGGGGCAGGCAUCAGUACUUCCGCCGGAAUACCAGACUUUCGGGGACCUAAUGGGGUAUGGACUUUGGAAAAAGAAGGUAAAAAACCCAACAUAAACAUUUCUUUCAAUGACGCCAUCCCAACAAAGACACACAUGGCCCUAAAACGUUUAACAGAAGAGAGUUAUCUGCAUUAUAUCAUCAGUCAGAAUAUAGAUGGAUUGCAUUUGAGAACAGGUAUUCCUAGAUCUUCUUUGGCUGAAUUGCAUGGAAAUAUGUUCACUGCCCAAUGUAACGUUUGUGAAAGCCAAUUUGUUCGAACCGAAGCUACCUCAACUGUGGGCAAAAAAUGUCUGAAUGAAGACUGUAAAAGGUCUGCUAUGCUUCGUGGGCGGACUUGCCGUGGUAAACUGCAUGAUACGAUUCUAGAUUGGGAGGACAGUCUUCCAGAAUAUGAUCUUGAGAUGUCAGAUUAUCAUUCUAGUGUAGCAGAUCUCAAUAUUUGUUUAGGAACCACCCUUCAAAUAGUUCCUAGUGGAAACUUACCGUUGAGGAACAAAAAAUAUGGAGGAAAAGUUGUUAUUGUGAAUUUACAAUCUACCAAACAUGAUAAAAAGGCUGAUUUAAUCAUAAAUACCUAUGUGGACGAUGUGAUUGUGAAAAUUAUGAAAAGACUAGGUCUUGAAAUUCCUGAGUAUUCUUCUGAAAUCGAUCCAACAAAAUAUCGUGAUUCUGAUUCUGUAGUGGAGUGGAAUAUUCUGAAACAGGAUGUGGAAAAAAUCAAAUUGCAAUAUGAUAAACUUAUCAAAGAUUAUAAGAAACGGAAAGCAGAGGAGAGUUUAUUAAAUAUUAAGAAAAAAAUGCCUAAGAGUAAAAAGUGGAUAAAGGAAGAGAAGAUCAAGAAAGAAAAAUUGGUAAAAAAAGAAAAUAUUGUGUCUGAAGAUAUCAACAUACAAAAAAAAAUUGAAGAUCAGGAUGAUAUUUUCGUUGAAUGACAUUUGUGAUUUUUUUAUGUUGCUAACCUGUACCAAAAAAAAUGAUUACAAAUAACAGUUGAAAAAAAUUUUUUGAUACCACAGUAUUUUGUAAGUAAAUCGAAACCCACAAA